AUGUGGAAGACAAUGCUAACCGUUUACAAUUCUGUUGAGCAGUUCGUCGUCUUCGCCGCCUUCGUGGCCGUGGCCCGCGCCGGCGUGCUGCCCGCCGCCCCCGUGGCCUACGCCGCCGCCCCCGCCUACGCCCACGCCCCCGUGGCGUACGCCGCCGCCCCCGCCUACGCUAAGGCCGUCGACACUGACUACGACCCGAACCCCAGCUACAACUACAACUACGACAUCCACGACUCCCUGACCGGCGACAACAAGAACCAGCAGGAGUCUCGCCAGGGUGACGUCGUCCAGGGCUCCUACUCCCUCGUCGAGCCCGACGGCAGCCGUCGUACCGUCGAGUACACCGCCGACCCCGUCAACGGAUUCAACGCCGUCGUGCACAAGGAUGGCCCCGCCGUCGCCGUGAAGGCCGUCGCCCACGCUCCCGUCGCCUACGCCGCCCCCGCUGCCUACGCACACGCCCCCGUCGCCCACGCUCCCGUCGCCUACGCCGCCCCCGCUGCCUACGCCGCCCCUAUCGCUAAGGUUGCCUACUCCGCCGCCCCGGCCGUGGCUGUUGCAUCCUACUCCUCCCCCUACACCACCUACCACCACUAAAGUGUGCGAAAUAGUCAUCAAGCCUCGCUGAACCCGACUGUGAACAGUGAUAGACAGCAGAGAUCUCCAGAGAGGCGUGCGAAUGUGUGAAUGUGAGUGAACGUUUAAAUGUGAACGUGUGUUUUGUUUCAUCUGCCAUCGAUUUGUGUGCGUUGUAGUACACACAUGUCUAGUAUUCCUACCAUCAUCGAAAAUAAAAUGAUAUAAGACCUA